GGAAUAUGUGGGGAAGGACGUAGUCGUGCAGUUUAGCGUAAAAUAAGUUCGUCAACUGAUUCUCCUUCACGCCGACCCCUGGCGGUUGAACCGCCCUUCCCUUGCUUUCCGGACAGGGUAGUCGUUGCUGCAUCACAUGGCCAUGGCAAAGUAUCGCGUCAUGUAUAUAUAGGGGCGAUACACUAGCUAGCUAGAGGAUUGAAGAAAGAAUCCCAUAGUGAUCGAUCGAGACUUAGUAGUUGAUCUUCAGAAAGAGCAAAAAGAGGAAGCAUAAAACUAGCGAAGGAAUAUGACGAUCGUGGAGAUGAGCGUGCAUAUGGACUGCGCCGGGUGUGAGAAGAAGAUAAGGAAAGCAAUCCAAAGAAUGGAAGGAGUCGAUGACGUGGAGAUCGACAUGGAGAGGCAGAAGGUGACGGUGAACGGGAACGUGGAGCAGAAGAAGGUGCUCAAGGCGGUGCGGAGGACGGGGAGGCGUGCCGUGCUGUGGCCGCACCCGUACACCGGCGGCGGCGUCGUCGCGGGCGGCACCGUGCACGUGCUCGCGCAGCAGCAGAACUACCACCAGUACCACCCCGGCGCGGGGGUGCAGGCGCACGCGGCACACGCAGCGCGCCCGACGUCCUCGUACAACUACUACAAGCAUGGCUACGACGACUCGCGCCUCUACGGCGGCUACUACCACCAUGGCGCCAACUCCGCCGUCGUCGGCACCAGGGCCACGGAUUACUUCAGCGACGAGAACCCGCAGAGCUGCUCUGUCAUGUGAUUGGAACCAUCGAUCGCACAUGCGUGGAGCAAUUUUGUUGCUGUGCUUGUGGCAUAUGACCUUAUCACAAAAGGUGAAAAAUAUUAUUCGUACAAUUCCCUAAUCUGGAUAAAAAGAAAGGUUCGUCUCCACAAUCCAAACUAGGACAAUGUCACAAUGCGCAGUGACAAAAACAAUUUGGCCGUUGCAUCGGAAUGAAUCCGCUUGCCAUUAUUCCGUUUAGCACGCCACUACACGAUCAAGUUAAGCAAGAUGCGGUACAGUGGGACACAACAUGUGUGUAAUAUUCCUUGUUGCAAUAGUUUAUUCCGCCUGUCUAAUGACCGGCCGGUGAGCUUAUGAGCCA